AAAUAAAUUUUGUGUGGGUGUUUGUUUCGUCGACAAUGGUGGGUCUCUGCGCUUUUACACCACAUUUUACAGAUGUUUCUCGAGAUCAAUGGCGUCUCUGUGAACCCACCUAUAAAUUUCCAUUCCCGACUCUGAAAACUAAACGGAUUCUUCACAGUCAUGGAGGUGCGGAAACCAGAAAACGACCAUCUAGUUCUCGCCAUCGACCCGCCGGAGAAGGAACAAAUCUCACUAUCUCCGGCCAGAACCAAAACUCUUCGCCGUCUCAAUUUCUCUAAGCCUAAAUCCCGUUUCGACGAACCUAAUUUCCCCCUUUCUACGCCAAGAACCAUUCCUGAAUCCACCGAUCUCCUUCAACCUACAGCAGAAGAAGAUUCCAGUUCUUCAUCUUCGUACUCUGAGGAAGAGGAUGAAGAUGAAGAAAUCGGAGCUGGAAACGAAGGACGAAAACGGAAAAGGAAGAAGAAGAAGAAGAAGAUCAACAAACGAGUGUUAAUCGAGUGGAUAUUGUUUCUCACCAUAACUACUUGCUUAAUCUGUGCCCUAACUCUCGAAUCGCUUCAAGCGAAACAGAUUUGGAGCUUAGAGGUAUGGAAAUGGUGUUUAAUCGUAAUGGUGGUAUUCUGCGGCCGUUUGGUAUCUGAAUGGCUCGUCGGUCUCCUCGUCUUCAUAAUCGAACGAAACUUCAUGCUUCGCGAACGAGUUCUCUAUUUUGUUUACGGCCUCCGCAAGAGCUUCCAGAACUGCGCUUGGUUAGGGCUCGUUCUAAUCGCGUGGAUGAUAAUGUUCCCCGACGUUCACAACAAGAACAAAGUCCUCUUAAAGGUCUUCCGAUUUCUAAUCGCUGUUUUAGUCGGCGCCACAAUCUGGCUUCUCAAGAUCCUUCUGGUUAAAGUCCUCGCAUCGUCGUUCCACGUCGCGACGUUCUUCGAUCGGAUGAAGGAAAGCGUGUUCAACCACUACAUCCUGGAGACACUAUCCGGACCGCCGCUAGACGAGGCGGAGAUGGAUAAGGAGGAGAAUCGGAAGCGGCGGUUGCAGAAAAUGUCGAAGUCUCUACCGGCGAGGUUGCAGGAGAGCGGAGGAGGUCAGAUCUUGUCGAGAUCGAAGCGGCAAGAUUCGUGUAAGAAGAUCGAUAUGGAGAUGUUGAGGAAACUAAGCUUACAGAGGAGACCGUCGGCGUGGAGUGCGAAGAGACUGAUGAGCUAUGUGAAAUCGUCGGGACUGUCGACGAUUUCUCGGACGGUGGAUGAUUUCGCGAACGCCGAAUCGGAGAUUACCAGUGAAUCGGAGGCCAGAAACUGCGCUCAGAGAGUGUUCAAGAACGUCGCUAAGCCUGGUGCCAGAUCCAUUGGAGAAGAUGAUCUACUGAGAUUCCUGAAGGUAGAAGAAGUGACCACCAUUUUUCCUCUCUUUGAAGGCGCCAUGGAAACAGGAAAAAUCUCCAAAUCCGCUUUCAGAAACUGGGUGGUUCAUGCCUACAUAGAGCGGAAGGCAUUGGCUCAUUCUUUGAAUGACACCAAAACCGCCGUCCAGCAGCUCCAUAAGCUGGCCAGCGCCGUCGUGAUUGUGAUCAUCAUUGUCAUUUCUCUUCUGGUCCUUGGCGUAGCCACCACUAAGGUCCUCUUCGUUGUUACCUCCCAGCUUCUCCUCGUUGGAUUCAUGUUCCAAAACACCUGCAAAACCAUCUUCGAAUCGAUCAUUUUCGUCUUCGUUAUGCACCCUUUUGAUGUCGGCGAUCGGUGUGUCAUCGACGGUGUCCAUAUGUUUGUCGAAGAAAUGAACAUUUUAUCAACGGUGUUCUUGAGAUUCGACAAUGAGAAGAUUUACUAUCCCAACUCUGUUCUUCUGACGAAGCCAAUCAGCAAUUUUAGAAGAAGUCCCGACAUGUCGGACACGGUGGAUUUCACUAUUGAUGUGUCCACUUCUUUUGACAACAUCACAGCCCUCAGGAAAGCUAUGCAAAUAUACAUAGAGAGCAAACCGAAGCAUUGGAGCCCAAAACACUCAUUGGUAGUGAAAGAGAUUGAGAAUGUGGACAAGAUGAAGAUGAGUCUAUGUGUGCAGCACACCAUGAACCAUCAAAACUUCCCUGAAAGAAACAACAGAAGAUCAGACCUCAUUUUGGAACUCAAAAGGGUUUUUGAGCUUUUGGGCAUAAAAUACCAUCUCCUUCCUCAAGAAGUUGUUGUCACUCAGUUCAAUUUGACAAACGGAAGAAUGGCGAUUCCGUCUUCGUGAACCCGAGCUCCGGAGAGGAACUAGAAGAUGCUUUUUGACUAUGCAUCGGACAUAGUUCUCGGUGCGAU